AUGGCUGGCCUACUGUACAUGGAAGCCGUGCAAGAUAAGGCUCACUCCAUUCCAUUUCUCUUUCUUUCUCUAUUAUCUGCUGGUUACCAGCUCUUUUCUUCCUCAUCACUUGCCUUUGUUGAAUCGUUGUUACCUUCUUCAAGAUUCGAUAGAAAUGAUGCCUGGUUAUGGGUUUUGUUCGUCUAUGUAGAACAGCUAUGUUAUUGCCAUAAUCUUCAUCUUUUACCUUCAUCUGUGGUUAUUAGAUUCAACGAAGAAAGACGUCUGGCCAUGGAUUUCCUUCAUCGUUGA